GCAGCGGGGCGAGGUGGAGGGGGGGACGCGGGGAAGCGCAGGUUCCUGUCUGCGCUGGCUGCGGCCUGGCACUGAGGGAAGGGGCGGCCCUGGCCCCGUCCCUGGUGGCGGCGGCGCAGGACUAUGGACCCGGCCGAGGCCGUGCUGCAGGAGAAGGCCCUGAAGUUCAUGCCCCGAAUACACAUGCCAAAAGAUGGAUUCCAACUUAUAUCUUCUGGAUACCAAGCAUGGCUAAAGCAGAGGCUGAACAACUCCUGUAACCACUCUCUGAGGAGAACGUUUCUUCACAAACAUGUAUCUAAAAGCUGUGAUGUGAUCCUCCUGGAUCCUGCUCAGUGCUCUAUGCCCAGAUCUCUGUGGCUGGGCUGCUCCAGCCUGGCGGACAGCAUGCCCUCGCUGCGAUGCCUGUAUAACCCAGGGACUGGCGCACUCCCAGCUUUCCAGGAAAUGGGGCAAGUUGGAAGACAACUAACUUCAUGGCAUCUUGGGGCAACAGGAAAGAAAAAGAACAGAUUAGAUGGGAGAAACCUCCCGACUGCUGACAGGCUGCUGAAUUCUUCUGAGAGAGAAGACUGUAAUAAUGAUGAGCCCCCUAGGAAGAUCAUUCCUGAGAAGAAUUCACUUAGACAGACCUACAACAGCUGUGCCAGACUGUGCUUAAACCAGGAAACAGUAUGUCUUGGAAGCACUGCUAUGAAGACUGAAAAUUGUGUGGCCAAAACAAAACUUGCCAAUGGCACUUCCAGUAUGAUUGUGCCCAAGCAAAGAAAGCUGUCUGCAAGCUAUGAGAAGGAGAAGGAGCUCUGCGUCAAGUAUUUUGAACAGUGGUCCGAGUCUGAUCAGGUGGAGUUUGUGGAGCACCUCAUCUCCCAGAUGUGUCACUACCAGCACGGACAUAUAAACUCAUACCUCAAACCCAUGUUACAGAGGGACUUCAUCACUGCGCUGCCAGCUCGGGGUUUGGACCACAUUGCCGAGAACAUUCUGUCCUACUUGGAUGCCAAAUCAUUGUGUGCUGCUGAGCUGGUGUGCAAGGAGUGGUACCGGGUGACGUCGGAUGGCAUGCUGUGGAAGAAGCUGAUCGAGAGAAUGGUCAGGACAGACUCUCUGUGGAGGGGGUUGUCAGAGAGGAGAGGAUGGGGACAAUACCUAUUUAAAAAUAAGCCUCCUGAUGGGACUGCACCACCCAACUCCUUCUACAGAGCACUUUACCCCAAAAUUAUACAGGACAUAGAGACAAUAGAGUCAAACUGGCGGUGUGGAAGGCACAGUUUACAGAGAAUCCACUGCCGAAGUGAGACGAGCAAAGGGGUUUACUGUUUACAAUAUGACGAUCAGAAGAUAGUAAGUGGCCUACGAGACAACACUAUCAAGAUCUGGGAUAAGAAUACGUUGGAAUGCAAGCGAAUUCUCACCGGACACACGGGUUCUGUCCUGUGCCUCCAGUAUGAUGAACGGGUGAUCAUUACUGGAUCUUCAGACUCAACGGUCAGGGUGUGGGAUGUGAACGCAGGCGAGAUGCUGAAUACACUGAUUCACCACUGCGAAGCAGUACUGCACCUCCGCUUUAAUAACGGCAUGAUGGUGACAUGUUCCAAAGACCGUUCCAUUGCUGUGUGGGACAUGGCUUCACCAACAGAUAUCACCCUGAGGAGGGUGCUAGUAGGGCACCGAGCUGCUGUCAACGUAGUGGACUUUGAUGACAAGUACAUUGUAUCAGCAUCAGGUGAUAGAACUAUAAAGGUAUGGAACACUAGUACCUGCGAAUUCGUGCGCACUUUAAAUGGCCACAAACGAGGCAUCGCAUGUCUGCAGUACAGAGAUAGGCUAGUAGUGAGUGGCUCUUCGGAUAAUACUAUCAGGCUGUGGGAUAUUGAGUGUGGGGCAUGUUUACGAGUACUGGAAGGCCACGAAGAGUUGGUGAGAUGCAUACGCUUUGAUAACAAGAGGAUAGUCAGCGGGGCAUAUGAUGGGAAAAUUAAAGUGUGGGAUCUGGUGGCUGCUUUGGACCCCCGUGCUCCAGCAGGGACCCUCUGCCUGCGAACCCUUGUGGAGCAUUCUGGAAGAGUCUUUCGACUUCAGUUUGAUGAGUUCCAGAUCGUCAGCAGCUCACAUGAUGACACCAUCCUCAUCUGGGAUUUUCUGAAUGACCCAGCUGCCCAAGCAGAAUCCACUCGUUCCCCGUCCAGAACAUACACCUACAUCUCAAGAUAAAUAACACUACACUGUACCUCACACUUGCACAGGACUCAUUUAAGCUGCAGUAUUUAAAUUAUCUGCCAAUGCCAGGACAAAAGAACUAUCCACGUAACCAAUACUUGCUGAAGAGAGAGGCUCUCAGACUUGUUUCUGGAACAAAGUUGGCAUGCGGUUGAUCUCAGACAGGGUCUACUCAGCGCGGCUGACUGCUAAAGUGCUGCUAUAUCAGAAGAUGACUUUUAUCUUUCAUGAACAAUUAACAUUUUUAAACCUUCCCUUCCUUUCUUCCCCCUCUUCCCCAUCUUCCUUUUCACUCCUCUUCCCUCUUUGGUUCCCUUCCAGACCCAGUCACAGAUGUCCUAUGAAUAUAUUUAAGAUGUUGCCAGAAUGUGUUGCUUUGCUGUUAAGCAGAAGACUUAUAGCCACAGUGCACCCUGCUGAGAGAGUCACUUCAGGGCUGGGAGGGUGGGUGGGGAGAAGGCUGCUGCUUUCAGACUGCAAUCAAUAUCCAUUGCUGGGCCUUUAUAAAAGCAUUCAACUCUGAAGAGCAAGAGAAACACUUAAAACAGCCAGACCAUAGGCCCUCCUCCCUGCGGCUUUUGGCUGUUUCUGGCUGCAGAACUAUAUUUUGUGGAGAGAGGACCCUUGAAAUUUGACUAUUAUGAGCCAAAUCCAUCUCUUUCCUCUCCUGCCUGCUCUUCUAACCCUUUGGAAGCUGGAUAUGUAUUGUAAUCUCCCUUAACAUCUGCUUGGCUGGGGAAAGCUAGUCAACGAAAAGUUAAACCCUCUUCUGCCAAAGUCCCAAGCAUGACGGCCUGAGGUUGAGAUCCAGUCCCCGCCCCCGGUGUGGACCGCUGGCUGAGGGAGGUAUCUCACUAGCAAAGGGGUUGUCUGUACCAAGGACAGUCUUCCUCCUGAUGUUGUCCCUGGAGACAGCGUGUUGCUGAUGGCUUAGGAAUCAUUCUGUGUGUAGGAUGUUUGAGGCUAGGGUGAGAAGGAGAGCUGGACAUUACUCUUUUCUUUCCAUCCCCUUUCCCCUCAGAGAGGCUGUAGCCCCGUGCUGGAAGCGGGAGCUGCUAAGAACCUUGCAGAGCUCUUGAGACUGAGCCAUCCUAGCAGGAGUGGGGACGCUACAUGAGUACUCUGGCCAUGACAGCAAGAUUUUGUUCACAUGCACAGCAGUGGGGCACAGUCCCCUGGUGAUGGCAAAUGAAUGUGGCCCUGAGUACGGUCAGUAAAGUUAGCAGUAGCUCCAGGAUAGUUCUGUGGCAUUUCUGCGGUUGGCCCUUCUAGAAAGCAUUAGGAGGGGAGAGCCUUUGCUGUGCUUCCCUAGCCUUUGUGCAUGCUGCAUUACAGUUUAGGGGCACCACACAAUUAGUCCCUUUACUGAUAGCUGGGCUGGAUCUUUGCUUUGCAGCUGAGGCUUUUGUGAAUUGAUGUAGUUUAAAAGAGAAAAGUAGCCCUGAAGAGGAGGGACAUGGGGAGCAAUUCUGCAUGUCUCUGAACUCGACAAAGAGGUCUGGGGGAAAACAGCUGUUUCCACAGAGCUGAAGUGAAUUGCAGCAGGCCUGCAUUUGGAUCAGAAAAGAUUGUGUAAACCAGACCCUGGUUAUUCCAGGUUGGGCCCACAUUUUUACUGUAGGUCUUGAAUAACUCGCACUGCCUUGGUAGGGAGUUGCUCCAAUGCCACAGUAAGAAAUCGGGGCCUUUUGUCUCUGGGGUAGAGAAGUUUUAAACAGAGUUAGUAACAUCCCCUAAACUUGGAACUUAGCAGAUGGGAAAUUUUAUUUAGCCAUUCUCAUCAAAUUCACUUUGCUGCAGAAGCAGUUGCAUCGUUUCUACAUGCUUGGGAUGCAGUUUUUCCAUCAAUGAAAUUUUGCAAGGAGCUGAGCCAAGAGUCCCCAGAGAGCAGUCCACGGGGCUUAAAUCAUUUUGGUGGCAGCCGAGAUGGACAAAAGGCAAUGGAGUUAUGGAGGAAGGGAUAGCCGGUGCUUGCAGAGUAACUAGUACAGCUCUAAAAGCGCAUGAGCAGCAGUGUUAAGCACCCAGCUUCCUGUAUUUUCACUGAGGCACGAAACUACAUCAGUGCUAAAGAGCGUCUUAGAGCAUGUGGUGACACUCCUGUUUUCUGCUUGUUUGAACUACUAUUGUAGAAAGAGCCAAACAGGUUAACUCUCUUAAGUACCACUGACAGUAUGACCUAUCCCUCCAGAGUCCUUAAAGUUCUGAAUCUCGACUGUAAGUUCAUCCACAGCUAAUUGUGACACUACUUUUAGGUCUAGGAAGGCCGUUUGGGAUUUCAGGCAGUUAAGCAUAGCACACAUACUGCAAUCCCAAAUCAAAACUGGCUGGGGAGCAUAGAGAGUCAAAGUUUACAUGCCAGACUUCCCUGAGCUCAAGUUCUGAGUCUUAAUAGUAUGUGAACACUGUUCCUCUAAGUUCAGUUUUUACAAGGUCUGCAGUGUGGUCACCUGUAGGCAGUUUAUAAAACCUUGACUGCAGAUUUAAUAGUCAUUUUCCAUCCUCAGUUUGUCUUAUCAUCCUCUCUCUUCUACCUUCAGGUUAUUGUAGAAAGCAGUGAUCUAUUCUCCCAGCCCCUGAAGGCUGCAGAGCUUUGUGAUAUUUUAACUGCAUCUUUGGGAGUAAUGCCUGAAAGGAUGCCUUUUUAUUUAUUUAUUUUCUUUUUUUGCUAAUUAAGAGAAUUUGGGAAAACCAAAAGACUAGUUGGCCAAACACAGAGAUAAUACCAUUGCAGAUUGUCAUUGGUUGUCAUAGCCCUGCUGCUCCAUGCUGCUAUUUUGUAACUUCUAAGCACUGUAGGGUAUUUGAGUGGUACCACAGUUUGAACUCUGCUGUAUAGAGCUGUUUAAGGUACAGUUUGUGAGCAACAGCUGAAAUCCAUGUUUGGCAAAUGGUAAGAACGGUGUCUCAUUGUCAAGAAGGGACUGUGUCUGGGUACUUAAAUACAGAAUUGCAAAAGGGGGAGGAUUCCUACCCCAAUUACUGAGUUGUACAAAUUUUCCUGAUAGCUAAGAAGGAAACUGAAGUUAACUGAUCUAACUUGAACUUGAAUCUGCCACAGUUUGACAUUUGUUGGUGUUCAUUGUGCACCCAGGGAGGAAUAAUCUGGUAAGUAGAUCUCCCAGUGUCAGAAGAAAGUGGCUCAUGUGUGUGUGUGUGCGUGUGUGUGAGUGUGAGUGUGCAAGAGUGCAUGUGAGAGAAAGGUUUCAGCAUGAACCGAAAGGGUAAUCCCUCAGCCAGGUUGGAGUAAUUGCAGAGUUUAUAAUGGAAAGAACUAGAAGGUGCCUGCUAAAAGGAGAUAAAAGCAAGGUUUGGAAUUGUCUGUGGGUUUUAAGUGUUGCACAUCACUUUGAAAUGGAAUGAAAAGAGAUGAAAUCUCUCUGCUGCGUAGAGAUCGUCACUUCUGCCACAAGUAGGAAGCUCACGCUAGCCUUCCCCCUUGGACUAUGCGAUCAAAAGUACUGGAGGUGCGGGACAUUAAGAGCAGGACAAUCCAUUAUGGCCACAUCAUCUCCUGCUUGUGACUCCUUUGGCAAUGGGGCACAGUUUUGCUGCAAAUAUUUCUCAUCCUCAGAGGAAUACAGCUUGCUUUAAAAUAUGCAAAUAGAAAAUGUCAUGAAGGAAUUUGCAGCGAGAGAAUUUCUGCAGCUGUCUCUCCUGGAGCAGUUCCCUCUGCUCCCCGUUAACUUUCAGAGACAGGCACAUUCUCUGUUGGAACAGAAGGAUUCGGGUGACAAGUUUAGAAGCCUGUGAUCAUCAGAAAUGCUGAAAUGCUUUAAACUUGUUUCUAAACUGGAAGCUGACUUGGACCACCAUGCUCUACCUACCCACCUCCUGCUCCAAAGGAUCCUUUUUUCUUUCUCUUAAAUUUUUUUUUUGAACACUGAAAAUGCUGGAGAGUAACAUGUGCAUUUCUCUGCUCCCAGGUGUGCAUUUCCUGCCCCUACUGUGCGGUCCUUUCUCAGUCUGAGCACACCUCCAGGCUUGGGUCUGAGGUUCUCGGCAUCCCAACUCCAAUGGGGAGUUAUUGAUGUUCAGCGCAUCUCCAGGUCGAGCUCUUCCCCUAACUCUGUUAGCUUCCUUUAAUGCCAUUUUAGAUUUGCUUUUUGUGGCUGAUGAUUCCUAAAGUAGCUUGUGGAGGAGCAUUUGUGGUUGACCCAUGGUAUGAGCUGCUUCUCCUAAUUGGGGAAGCUGAUGAGAUGGAGCAGCCAGUCUUCCUACUGCAGACUGGCUCUCAACUGUGGGAGGAAAAGGAGGAGAUGACCCAUGUGGUUGAAAGCUAGGAGAGGAGUGUGGGGAUGGAGAUGGAUCUCUACAGAAGUGGGGACAAUUCUGACAAUAGCCUAGUUUGUGUACUUGGCUCAGAAGAAAGGAGGUUUUUGUGAGAACACUGAAAAUCAUCAGGAUGUAAUGAAGUAAUGCCUCCCAAGUGCUGAACUGGUCAGCUGAUGCCCCCUUUUAGGUUGCACUGGGGCCUGAGGAGAGAGGGACAGUCUAAAUUACGCUGGCCAAGACAAGAAUGAACUUUGCCAGGGUCUCCAAGUGGCAUGCAUGAUGCAUCUGACAUGCUGAGCCUUGCCCUGCUGUUGUUCCCCCAGAAGCAAUAAGCAAUCGCUUCUAGAAGGAGAGGGGAACAGCAAGUGACCGAGCUGUCCCGCAAAGGAGGUCUUCGUAUGAAAUCCCUCCUUCCUCCUGCCAGCAAAUCCCUGCUGGGUUGAUUGGCAUGAGGGGCACACAGUCAUUCGUUCCCGACUUUUAAUACAGAGAAUCAUUUGUCGCAGAAGCAACCCGUCUCUUGGGUGCGUUCCUUCUCAACCUCCGCGGCGGGUUGAGAAGAAAGGUUGCCUGCUGAGGCUGAGCAUUUGACUUCCCCUUUUUUGCCCCCAACCCAUAUUUUUUUAAUGAGAUGUAGCCUUCUGGCUAGUGGCAAAUUCCCAAGGCUUCUCUCCCAGAGUAAGCCUUGACAUACUGCCAGAAUAAAUCAUCCUUUGUCUUGUCAGAAAAUAUUCCCCUUGACUUUCUGCUUGUUCCCAAAGACCAUUGGUUUUCCCCUUUUGCCCAGUGGAUAUCCCACGGAAGUUGUCACCAAUGAUUGAUCCUCAGUGAUGCUAAGCUGAUUCUCUCAAAACUAUGGGGAUUCUGAUAUACAUAGAUGUACAAUCAGCAAAGCUCUCUUAACAUACUGUAACCAACUCCUAAAAUAGGUCCCUUGUUUCAACAGCCUAUCGCCCUGAAAGUUACUGUGAUUUCUGCUCAGGUAGGGAACAAAUGCAGCUGUGGCCGGAAAAGUGAGCAUGAAACACCAACCUUCCUCGCACACCAUCUCUGCUCCAUGCCUGUAUUAAGAAUUACAGUCUGUUACCUUUACAAGCAAAGUGUUUUGAUCUGUUACUGCUGUAGCACAGGUUUACACAUGAGCAAAGCCCUGUAUGCUGAGGCAUUACUGCUGGAAAAGGGUUGGCCAGCUUGUCCCAAGCUGUUUGCAGAGCUGGCAGUUGGCCUUGUAAAAGGAGCUAGCUGUGACAAAACCUGGGCAGUUCAGUGUGGGAUUCUUGUGUUGCUUUUGAGAGUAUAAUUCUGCUUUCAGCUACUUUGUCCUUCUGAUUUGAGGCAUUGCAGGGCUCACCCUAAACACAGUUCUAAGAUGGCACAAAAAUGUUUUUGGCUUCAGUAAAAUUGAACUGAUCCAGUUUCUCCCAAUCAUUUUACACCACUACCUUUAUCAGAGCUCCGUGCCUACCAGGCCAACCUAUGCUGCAUCACUCCUACCUGCUCAGACUGAGAUGGAUGUGGAAGUGGGAGAGGUGAGAAAACAUGGUUUCUCCAGAGUUUUCUGUUUGUUACUGCUAUAUUUGUUAUCUGGAUUCUUAAGUAAUGAGUGCUUUGAAUUUUGUGAUUAUGUUACAGUGAUGUGUAGUUAACGUACUAAUGUUGACUUGAGCUAGAAUCAUGGUAACAGUGUGGGUUUUUUUUUUUUAACUGUUCAGAAAAUAACUUAAAUACAAAUAUAAAGAUUAAGCUGUGAA